CCUGCAGGAACUCAAACCAAACUCCUCUCCUCUGUUUUGUUUCUCUCUCUCUGAAAAGUUUUGAAAUCAAAGGAGCAGUGCCAAAAAAAAAAAGGAGAGAGAAUGAGCAGCGGGGGUCGGACGAGGGUGGGUAAGUACGAGCUCGGUCGGACGUUGGGCGAGGGAAGCUUCGCGAAGGUGAAGUACGCUCGCAACACGCAGACCAACGACAGCGUCGCCAUCAAAAUCCUCGACAAAAACCAACUCCUCAAGCACAAAAUGGUCGAACAUAUAAAAAGAGAAAUUUCCACCAUGAAGCUGAUCAAGCAUCCCAACGUUGUUCAACUCCAUGAGGUCAUGGCAAGCAAAACAAAAAUAUACAUUGUUCUUGAAUUUGUUCAAGGAGGUGAGCUCUUUGACAAAAUUGUCAACAAUGGGAAGCUGAAAGAAGAUGAAGCUAGGAGGUACUUCCAGCAGCUUAUCAAUGCUGUGGAUUAUUGUCACAGUAGGGGUGUGUAUCAUAGAGAUCUGAAGCCUGAGAAUUUACUCCUAGAUUCAUUCGGUGUUCUUAAAGUUUCAGAUUUUGGUUUAAGUACAUUUUCACCUCAAAUUCGGGAGGACGGGCUCUUACAUACUACUUGUGGAACACCUAAUUAUGUGGCCCCGGAGGUGCUUGAUGAUAAAGGCUACAAUGGUGCAGCUUCUGACAUAUGGUCUUGUGGUGUGAUUCUUUUUGUUCUUAUGGCUGGAUAUUUGCCUUUUGAUGAGCCAAGUCUCAUGGGGCUCUAUAAGAAGAUAUGGAGGGCAGAUUUUUCGUUUCCUUCUUGGUUUUCCUCUGGUGCAAAAAAGUUGCUUAAACGCAUUUUAGAUCCCAAUUCUCACACACGCAUUACAAUCCCGGAUAUUUUAAAAGACGAUUGGUUUAAGAAUGGGUAUAAGAUACCAGAUUUUGAACAAGGGGAAGAAGUAAACCUUGAUGAUGUUGAUGCCGUUUUCAGUGAUUCUCAGGAACAUCUCGUAACAGAAAGGAAAGAGAAACCAGAGUCAAUGAACGCAUUUGCACUUAUUUCACAGUCAGCAGGCUUCAACCUUGGGAAUUUGUUUGAACAACAGACGGGUUUGGUCAAGCGGGAAACCCGAUUUACCUCUCAACGCCCUGCCAAUGAAAUAAUGUCUAAAUUAGAGGAAAAUGCUAAACCUCUAGGUUUCAAUGUUCGAAAACACAACUACAAGAUGAAGUUAAAAGGUGACCAGACUGGAAGAAAGGGCCACUUAUCUGUAGCAACCGAGGUUUUUGAGGUGGCUCCUUCUCUCCACAUGGUUGAACUUCGUAAAACUGGAGGAGACACGUUAGAAUUUCACCAGUUCUACAAAAGCUUUUCUUCCAGUCUUAAGGAUAUCGUUUGGAAAUCAGAAGAUAGCCCAGAGUAAGUGGUAGUUUUCUGAUUCAUGUAGAAGCAAUGGCUGGAUUGCUCGUGUCUUUUUUUUGAAAUUGAAGGUAACUUUUAAAUAGAGAGGGCUUCAAUGUUGUAGAGAAAUAUCCCUCUUUCUUCGAUUUUACCAACUUGUUCAGUUUUCCUUCUAUGUCGGAUAAAUUUAAUAAACGAGAACUCUUGACCUUUGUGCAUUGGUAAACACUCCUUGUAAUUCUACCAUGAAGAAAGCUAGUUCGUUGUUUCCGUA